GGCAUUCCUUGAGUGAGAGGGUAAUAUUUUUGUUACCAUCAGCAAGUGCUUCCCAAGCGGCAUCAGGCUGGUCUGCAACCGCUUAGCACUUUUUAAUCUCAAGGGGGUUCCUUUCGUAGUGUUGCAGCCAUGGCUACCAAAGUCAUGCAUUUUAAUCAGAAGAAGCAUGUGAGCCACUUCAAACAUCACAGCUCUCAAACAACUAAGCAUGUUGUCAAGGAGACCUCUUCAAGGAAGUCCAGCUCUAAGUCAGCACACCAGGUCCAGCACGCCCAAGCCACAGAGGCUAUGGCGGAACCAGCCUAUACAGUGCCUGCAUUCAGGCAGAGGAGCCCAGAUGAUGUAGAGGAGUACCAGCGUGUGACUAGUAAUGUUGGGAAGGGACUUGCUUCAAUUCAAGAGGAGCUCCACAGGAUGAGAGUGGCAACGAAAACCCAAGUGGAGAAUAUUGCUAUUAAGAGAGAGGUGCAGGAGAUGAUGCACAAGGUGCCCAUGAGGACGGAGACCAACACGCCUCCUGACUUCCUGGUGGCUCUGAGGUCUCACACCGUGUGGGAGAAGACUCCCGUCAAGCUGUUCUGCACCGUGGGCGGUCACCCCAGGCCUAUUGUCAAAUGGUAUAAAGGGGGGAAACCUGUUGACCCACUGAGUGUACCAGGAAAGUACAAGAUUGAGAGCAAGUAUGGAGUACACAGUCUGAUUAUUAGCAGAUGUGUGGUGAGUGAUACUGCUGAGUACAGUGCAGUGGCAACCAACUCCCAUGGCUCAGUCACCAGCAAAGCCACUGUCAUUGUCAAAAGAGCAGGAGGAGCCUAUGAGUCCUGUCAGCUAUUUGGUCAAGUGCCCUACCUGACUAAAAUCCACCCCAGUAAGCUGGAGAUCACCUUGCUGGACAAGUUUGGCGUGUCGUUCGGAACAGAGGGUGGUUCCAUCCGCCUGGCGUGUACCAUGGUGGUGGUGCCCGACCUGCCCAACGUGCCGCCCCUGGCUGAGUGGUACCGAGAUGAUAAGUUGCUGAAGCCCGGGAAGUUGGUUGAGAUUAAGGUGGGCGGUGGCUCUGCCAGUCUGAAUCUGCCCCACCUGGCGAAGGAUGAUGAGGGUCUGUACACCCUCCGCAUGUGGACGAAGGACGGCACUGCUGAGCACAGCGCCUACCUGUUUGUUAAAGAUGCCGUCCCCUCUGUGGCUGGAGCACCUGGGGCGCCAAUAAGCGUCAAGGCGUUUGACAUCAACUCUGACUAUGUCCUGGUAGCCUGGAAACCUCCUAACCUCACCAAAGAGGCACCCAUUACCGGAUACUUUGUGGACAAACGCGAGUCGGGCAGCACCACCUGGUCCCAGUGCAACGACUCCCCGGUGAAGGUCUGCAAAUACCCCGUGCACGGCCUGAGUGCCGGGCACGCCUACCACUUCCGGGUCAGGGCUGUCAACAGCGCAGGGAUGAGCAGAGCGUCCCGCGAGUCUGACAAGGUGACCGCCCUGGACCCGGCCGAGAGAGAGAGACUGCAAGUGAUUCAACUGGAUGGGAAACAUGAAGUGGUGAUUAAAGCGGACGACGUGGAAGGUUACGUCACGCUGCCGGGGGCGCCCACAGAUGUGCACGCCUCCGAGAUAUUUAAAUCAUAUAUAGUGCUGAGCUGGAACCCCCCCAGCCCUCGCGGACGGGCGCCAAUCUGGUACCUCAUUGAGAAGUCCGUAGCAGGCACCGGGGCUUGGCAGAGGAUCAACGCAGCAGUGAAACUGCAGUCGCCUCGUUACCCCGUUUUCGAUUUGGAAGCCGGGAAGAAGUUCCAGUUCCGCGUCUAUUCGGAGAACUUGUACGGUGUCAGCGAGGCUUCUGGGCCCACGGGUCCAGUGGAGACGCUGGACGAGCAUGGUAGCGAACGACCUGUUGGUGUUCCUUCUGCUCCUGGUCAGGUGGUUGCUACCAGGAACACCAAGUCCUCCGUGUUUGUGCAGUGGGACCCCCCCAAACACGCCAACAAACUGAUGGGCUACUACAUCGACGCCUCUGUGAUCGGAUCCAAGGAAUGGAGCCCAUGCAACCACAAGCCCUACAAGCACACCAGGUUUGUGGUCCAUGGCCUGACCCCAGGAGAGACCUACGUGUUCCGUGUCCAGGCUGUCAAUGUGUACGGUCUCAGCGAGGAGUCCCAGGAGUCUUCUCCUAUUUCCGUGGAACCCGCCAUCGAGAGAGGAGUGGAGUACGCGACCCCCGGCGCCCCUCACGGCAUCACCAUGCUGAGCUGUGACGGAGCCUCCAUCACCAUUGCCUGGAAGAGCCCCAAGCACCGCGGUGGCUCCAAGAUCACCGCCUACUACGUUGACAAGCGCGAUGCGGACAGCCUGACCUGGCAGGAGGUCAACACCGCCCCUACCCAAACCAGGACCUACAAGGUUGACGGUCUGACGGAGGGAACCUUCUACGAGUUUAAGGUCCAGGCUGGGAACCUGGCAGGUGUGGGUGUGCCCUCGGCUCCCAGCCUGCCUCUGAAGUGCGAGGCCUGGACUGCCCCUGAACCAGGCCCAGCUUACGACCUGGCCGCCAGUGAGGUAAGAGGCGACUCCCUGGUCCUCCUGUGGAAGGCGCCGGUCUACAUUGGUGCCAGUGCCAUCACUGGAUACAUAGUGGAGAUGGCCAAGAAGGGCCACAGCUACCACCCACAGAAUGAGGUGCCAGUGACCCACCGCUACCUGAGGGUGACCGGGCUGGAGGAAGGAGCCGUGUAUACCUUUAAAGUGAAGGCUGUCAACGCUGAGGGGGUGGGAAAGGCCUCUGAGCCAUCUGAGCCUGUGGUUGCCAGAGCUCUGCCUGGCACCCAGGAGAUCCAACUUGGGGUGGAUGAAGACACUGGUGAUAUCUUCCUAUCUCUGGAAGCCUGUGAGAUUUCUGAGACCUCCAAGUUUGUGUGGUCUAAGAACUACAAAGAAAUCACUGAUUGUCCAAGAGUCACUGUGGAGACUAAGGGCAAACUCUCUAAGCUGAUUUUCGUCAACCCAGACGUGAAUGAUUUGGGUGCCUUCUCUGUAAUUGUGACUGAUACCGAUGGAGUCUCUGCUAGCCACACUCUGACAGAAGAUGCCCUGAAUACCCUGCUGGAACUCAGCUAUAACAUCAGACAUCCAAUUGUCCCACUGAAGCACCACCUGAACUAUGAGGUUUUGGAGAAGGGUCACGUGCGCUUCUGGCUGCAGUGCCUCAAGUUGUCCUCUGCCGCCACUUACAGGUUCAUUGUCAACGACAAAGAAGUCACCAGCAGUGAGAGCAACAAGAUCAGCCAUGACGUAAAAACCGGCGUGAUUCAGAUGGUUAUGGAUCACUUCACCAAGCUCAACGAGGGCACCUACACCGUCCAGGUCCACGACGGCAGAGCCAAGAACCAGAGCUCUCUGGUCCUGGUGGGAAAUGUGUUUAAGACUGUCUACAAGGAGGCUGAGUUCCAGAGGUCAGAGCACAUCAGGAAACAAGGGCCACACUUUGCUGAGUAUCUGUCCUACAAGGUGGAUGACGACUGUACUGUUCUGCUUGUCUGCAAGGUUGCCAAUGUGAAGAAAGAGACUGCGUUCCAUUGGUUUAAAGAUGACGAGGAGAUUGUUCUGGAGACUCCUCCUAAUGUGAUGUCUGGAACCGUCGCACUUCCAAUCACCAUGUUCUCCAGAAAAGACCAGGGCCAUUACAAAGCUAAACUCAGUGACGACAAAGGAAAGGACACUUCUGUCUUUGACAUUUCUGGCCAAGUGUUUGACGAUAUCAUCAAUGACAUUGCACACAUUGCCGGGUCUUCUGCCUCUGAGCUGGUGCUCCAGUGUACCCCAGAGGGCAUCAGGUUACAGUGCUACAUGAAGUAUUACACGGAGGAGAUCAGGACAGCCUGGCUGCACAAGGACACCAAGAUCUCUUCGUCUGAGAAGAUGAGGAUUGCCGGCACAGCUGAGAUGGCCUGGAUGCAGAUCAGGGAUCCGACAGAGAAGGAGAAGGGACACUACUCCAUUCAGAUCAUGGAUGCCACUAAGUCCUACACACGCACUUUCGACCUCUCCGGACAAGCAUAUACCGAUGCCUAUGAGGAGUAUCUAAGACUUAAGGCUGCAGCAUUCGCUGAGAAGAACCGUGGUCGAGUGGUUGGUGGUCUACCAGAUGUGGUCACCAUUAUGGAGCUGAAGACCCUGAGCCUGACUUGCACAGUCUGGGGCGACCCCAGUCCCGAGGUCACCUGGUUCAAGAAUGAACAGGAGGUAGUCUCCACUGAGCACGCCAAGAUAACGUUCGAGGCCAAUAAGUACUCCAGCCUCACCAUCAACAAUGUCACGCCCGAGGACUCCGGCAAGUACAGCAUCAACGUACGGAACAAGUACGGUGGCGAGUUUGUGGAGAUUACUGUGAGCGUCUACAAGCAGGGAGAGACCCCACCCGAGCCCAAACUCGGAGGGAGACAAGCUACACCAGUUCCCCUGUCCUCCAAGGCCCCAACCCCAGCCCAAACCCCCACCCCAGCCCAGACCCCCACCCCAUCCCUAAGGUCCUCCAAAUCCCCAACCCCCACCCCCAAGUCUCCAACCCCUUCCCGGAGUCUUAAGUCCCCGAGCCCGGCGAGAUCCUUCAAGUCGCCAACCCCCCCUAGAAAGUAGCACGGUGAUACUGACCCUCGAGAAAGAUUGAGGAAUUUAAGUUCCGCUGGUUUGUAGCAUGAGUUGAGUGAUAACCGAAGCUGUUACAUGAAGGUGUCCCUUUUAGUCUGUCAAAUGUCAUAUAGCUAGCUGGUCACUGAGCUUUAAUGGAGAAUAAGCAGGGGAAAAAGACCAGAGUAUUAUUAUGUUAAUCAUAAGUGUUCACCAAAAAGCUGCACCUUCCGCUACUCUUUGUGGUGGAAUGUCUGCAGACCUGGAAUCAGCCUGCCUGGAGUGCCAGGGUGGUUGGGGUUUGCCAUGGCAACUGGCAAGCUCAAUCAAGCGUACCUUAAGUAUUUGACAUGAUUUGAAAUAGCACUUGAGCCCAGGUCUGAAUGUCUGUGUCCAUUUUCUCUGGAUGGUGAAUGGAUGGUCAGAGAGUGCGGACGAAAGAUAUGGCAUUUACCAUGCCAAAUAAAUUAUGUUUGUCAGCAUUGUGUUGCAUUGUCGCCUUUUCUUUGUGUUAGCAAUAAACCUCAUUCAUCACCUUC